GAUGACUUGACGAGCCUUGUGUAAGUUAGUCAUAUGUGGUAAUCAUGCACAGAUAAAAACAAAAUUGUAAACAUAACUAGAGGAGAUAUAAUUAAAGAAUUUAUAAAAAUUAGAGAGUGCUAUGUUUUGAGUCAGAUAUGGCCAUAUCUCUGUAUAUAUAUAUGUUUAUCUUCUUCACGUCUCUCAAACCAUUCUCUCAUCUUCUCUUCCUUAAACUCAACAUUCCUUCUUCUUCCAAAUUCACAAACACAUGGCAACGUGCAUCGACACAUGCCGAACCGGAAAGACCCAAGAAGACGAUUGCCGGUUCUAUUGUACCAAGAAUUUCUUCCGACCCGGUUACUCUCUAAACCGGAAGAUCCACCACACCCAAACCGAAGAAGACGACGUCUGGAUCAAGAUGCUUGAAGAAGCCAUGUCCGAUGUCGAGCAAGAACCCAUUUUGUCAGACUACUACUACGCUUCGAUCACAUCUCAUCGAUCAUUAGCUUCUGCUUUAGCUCACAUCCUCUCCGUAAAGCUUAGCAAUUCAAACCUCCAAAGCAAAACACUCUUCGAGCUGUUCAUCAGCGUUUUAGAAGAGAGGCCCGAGAUCAUCGAGUCGACGAAGCGAGAUCUGAUAGCGGUUAAAGAAAGAGACCCGGCUUGUAUUAGCUACGUUCAUUGCUUCUUGGGUUUCAAAGGCUUCCUCGCUUGUCAAGCUCAUCGUAUAGCUCAUCAGCUCUGGAAACAGAAGAGAAAAAUCGUAGCUUUACUGAUCCAGAACAGAGUAUCGGAAGCUUUCGCCGUCGAUGUUCAUCCCGGAGCCGAGAUAGGAAAAGGGAUUUUGUUAGACCACGCGACGGGGGUGGUGAUCGGCGAGACGGCGGUGGUUGGAGACAACGUUUCGAUUCUACACGGCGUGACGUNUUAG